CAUUGGUGUCGAUUCUAGCGUGAUUCUCUAAACCUAAACUUAAAUUUGACAGCAGUAUAUCCUUGUCAUUCUCCAUACAGAAUGAAAAGGAGAGACUGAUGUUAAAUUUAGUUUUAAGUUUAGAGAAUGACGCCAGAAUUGGCACCAGUGUGUAUAAUACAAGCCUGAGAACAAAAACUGUAGUCUACACUUCAGCUCUACACCGAAUCGAGGCGAGGGCGGGCCGCUAGUAACUUAUAUUACUAUAAUGUUAGUGACCAUGAAAGUUUAAAACAAUAUAUCUUCAAAAGUAAGUUACAUUAAGUAGGUCACAUUCACACAUAAGAAGCAAACUCAAUUUUUCACAAACUCGUUUUAAAACUUUUAUGAAAAUAAUGAAAGAGUGUUGAGCUACACAAACAAACAAACCAAAUCAUUGUGUGGAUCUAGUUUGAAACAAUAGCGCGGUACGGUCGGGCGGGUCUUUUCAUAGCAUGUUAUAUAAUGGUGGCGCGCGGUCGCCAACGGGUCUGUGGUUGUUUGUUCGUAGCUGUGACUGUCAGUAUGGCGGGAUAUAACCAGCCAGGGGGUAAAAGGCAGAAGGUGAGGGAAGUCAGACCGGGAGAUAACGUGGAUUACUUUCAGGGCAUAGACAAGAUAGAGUACAACAACAUGAGCUCCCCGAGCGACGUCUCCUCGUAUCGCUUCUACAACAGCACUGAGAGGGUGCACUCGCGCGCGAUGGAGGAUUGGCUCAAAUUCAGCGUUUCCCUCACCGAGUUCAGGAAUAAUGGAUCUGACAACCAUAGACCACCACACACACAUCCUUGGAACGACGGUUCCAAAACCCUAGAGAACUAUAAGCGCUGCAUCAGAGCUCUAUUCGAGUUCUGUCAGAAACUCGGCGUGAAGUACUGGACGGCUCUCGACUCGGAUCUGCUGCACUGCGAGUGGUGGGACGACCCCAAACAAUGGGACGAUAUAGUGGAGUAUGUGCAGGAGUUGAGUCAGCGGUACCACGUCAAACUGUUGUGGUUGGCGCCGGAUUUGCAUUCACAUGCUCGCUACGCAUAUGGAGCUUUCACUAGCAACGAAGCGUUCACAUUCGCGCAAGCUGCGGCGCAAAUUAAGAAAUGCCUGGAAAUCUCGCAGAGGUUAAACGCUGAAUGCUUCCUCCUAUGGCCCUGUAGAGAGGGCUACGACAACACAUUCCAAACAGACGUCUCCAGAGAGAUAAAACUUUUCGCAAAACUAUUAAAAUUAACCGCGGAAUACAAAGACAGGCUAAACUACAGGUGUCAGUUGCUAAUAAUGCCUUAUUACAAUUGCCAGUUGAAAAAAUACGCGCAUAAUUUCGGCUGGCAACCCCACGGUUGGCGGGAAGGCGAAGUUCUGAAUCGCUACAUGUGGGAUGUGACCAGUUGUCUGUAUCUGUUGAAGAAUUUCAACUUGGAUCGUUAUUAUAAAGUUUGUUCGCCACCCGGGCAUCAUAUGUGUAUGGCUAUGGUAUACAAUAUGCUGGGUGGUGUGAGGCUGAGCAAUGCCAUCGACCAUUACGACAGCAAGAGUUUCACCCUCAUGAUGAAGGGCAUCAUCGAUCAGGGCACAGCGCCCCCAAGCGGUAUUUGUCUGAACCUGCGGGGUCGUCGCUCGGGUGACGCACGAGACCUGCUCACUUUACACGUCAAAUAUAUAGACGCGGCGGCCAAAGGACUGCGUUUCGCGGCCAGCAUUAUAGCCGAGCAAACCUUCUCCAAACAUUUGCAGCAACGGUACAUUACGUACCACAGCGGGUUCGGUUCCCGUUUGGUGAGCAGUGACGUCACGAUGGAAGAAUGCGAGGAUUUUUGCAAAAAAACUCAAAACCAAACCAGUGAGCCCUCCAGAUCUGAACAUAUGGACUUGUUCUUCCAACGCUAUUUGGACACGAGUGAUCGCAUUUGACGAAAGGAAACACUGCGUUUUUAGUUGUAAGUACUUUAUAAUGAUAUCCUAAUACUAUUGUUCUUCUUGUAGGUAAAAAUUGUAAGGUACAUGAUGCAAAUAAAGACUAUGCUGAAAUAAGGCCUGUAGUGCAGAAAAGUCUAUUGAAGAAUAUUUACUAGACUUGCAACGAAUAGUAUAUUCGGCAGUAUACCGAAUACUGAAUAUUCGGCGAGGCCCCUGACCGAAUAGCCGAAUGUUAGGCAAAAGUAUUCGGCUGGAUUUUAGCGCCAAAAACUUGUACAGACGUGAUUGUUUCGCGCUCCUUUGUUUUGUUCUAAUCUGCCGACCUCAAGCUAAAAUGCGGCUAAAUGACAAAACUAACUCUUGAGAUAUGGCCAAAAACGGCGCGUAAACUUUAAAUUAUUGCUAUUAUGUAACCAUUCAUCACAUAACUGAAUGAAUUAAAAACUGUUAACUUGUUUAAUACAGAAAAUGAUUAAAUUAUGUACCUGUUUUAUGUACCAAUAAGUACUUAAUAAAUGAUUAUAAAAGAAAUGAGAACCUUGCCCUUUCUAAAUUUUGAUUACCACAAUAAUUCAAAUACAUAGAAUCGUCCAUUUUUCCAAAUCAGAAGAUGAUUAUGUACCUGUGUUAUGUACCAAUGACUACUUAAAUGAUUGUAUAACAGAAAUGAAAAUAUGAAUAUAUACGUAAUCAAUCGAUUUUAAUUUUUCAUUUUACCAAUUAUUUCUCUAUGACAAAAUAUAUUAUUUAAGUAUUCGGUAUUCGGCCGAAUAAUAUGUAGAUAUUAAAUAUUCGGCCGAAUAAUAACCGAAUAUUCGUUGCAAUUCUUAAACUCAGUAAACUACACGAGCGGUCCGCUCGAUCUCAUAGCGUCAAUAGUGGCGGUGUACUUUAUGAAGGAUGAGAGUUUUCAUAGCGCGUUAUUACUGUCGUAAUUUUUAUCGAAUUUUAAUACGUUAUUCUGAGAAAAUUUGUAUCAUGUAAUGUAUACCUACGGAUCACAAUAUAACUAAUCAAAAAGUUUACUAUGACUUAAAAUUGAACUUUUUAGGAUAUGCGAAUUAAAUACUACCUUCUUUUUUAACUUUUAUGAAGUAUAAUGAACUUAAUAAAGCCUACUUUUAUAAUAGGCCUUAUUUUUAUCAAAUACAUCUAUCAAAAUAUAUUCAUUUUCUAAUAUUUAAUAAUAUUUUUGAGAAGAUAUGUCAAUUUGCUAAUUUUUGUUUCUAUCGAUUUGGGUUUUUUUUUUAUAUUAUUCUUUAUCUCUUGUUAAUAUGCGACUUUAAAUCUGACUAGCAAAUUACAUAUUUGAAUAUAAUUUAUACUCUAGUAACAACAUUCCUAUAAUUUAAGUACAUAGGCUAUGUUAAGUCACUAUGUUUUAAAAGGCCUAAGGCUAAGGUUCCAGAAUUAGCUCUUUUUAAAUGAUUUCUGAUAAUAGAUUGUAAUAUGUUUUCUUAAUUACUUAAAAUUUAUAAAUCAAAGAAUAAUACCUUGCUUUUAUUUAUCACCUUCGAAUAAUUUAUCACGAUGUGAGUUUUUGAAAUUAGGUAGGCCUUCUUUGUAUCACUUACCUUAAUUCAUUUAAAUGUGUCGUUUUGGUAUUAAUGUUUGGUAUGUUUUUGGGGUAUGGGUUAUUUGAAAAGUAAGCAUCAUUUGCAAAGUACACUGUAGUGUUUUUUUUUUAUAAGAAAACAUACUAUUUAUCCGUCGGACGUUAUUAUAAUGCAGAGAAAAGCUCCAAAAUGAGUGAAAAUACAAAGUCAACAUUAUUUAUAUGUAUUUACUAUGAGUAUAUUUGUGUUAAUAUAUUAAAUUGUUAUAAAAUAUGAAUGCCAAAUAUUAUAUAAUAAAGUGCAUAAGUAAAGGAUAUAAGUAAUACCUAAUUUUAACCUCGAAAGUUGGCUUCCUCUAUAUAUAAAAUGGAAAUUUAUUCAACCUCAAUAGGGUAUUUGACAGUAUUAAAAAUAAAGUGCCAUAUGUUAGCAUCUGUGUUUAGAAUUGGCAGGGGUUUGUACUGUUUUUACAAAAAAAUAUUCAUAAUUUUACUAAAAACCCAGGAAAAAGAUAAGUUUUCUUAUAUAUUGUCACGUGACCCAAAACGCUUGGGAUUGGCGGAGCCUAAAAUGACGUCACACGCAGGUAAACUUCCGAUUAAAGUGACAUUAAGUUGUGAGUGUAUUCCGAAUCUGGCGAGUGGUAAUGACGUCAUGAUUUCGACCCUAUAUUGACUACACUACUACUAAACCAGUGCAAUAUGGCGUCGAAAUCAUGACGUCAUUACCGCUGGCCAGCGUACUGGUUUAUAUUUCGGAAUACACCCUCUAUCGUUUGACGUCACCCACUAGUAAGACGCCAUAUUGUACAGAGAAAUGUUUUCGCGGCAACUUGAAAAUGGAGUUUUUGAUCUGGUUAUUUUUACUGAAAUACACAACAGAAUGAUGAAUAUCAAUUUUUACUGACUCCAUAAAUAAUAUUCAAUCACGUGAGAUCGUUUUCUAAAACUUGUCAAAUACCCUUUUCAAUAAAAGUAAGUUGUGACUUGAUUUAAGAAUAAUUGUUACUAUAAAAAUGUUAUGUGUAAAUAAAAAACGGGUUUUACAAUUUUCCGGUUUUAUUUUAUUCACAUUUCUCUUCAGUUCAUUUUUUUUCUCAACAUAUACAUCGAUUUACAUAAAGGUACAUAAUAAUAUAAAUACCUACCAUCAGUGCUGUAUAAAUAUUGUAUACAAUGUUGUGCUACUGCACUAGUUACUAUAUACAUGGCGUCCCACGGGUUCGUCACACGGAGGGAAAGUAUAUUAAAUAUUUAAGAUAGGAUGUUUUACUAGAAGAAGACAUCAUUUUAUUUUUAAAAUAACUAGAACUACCUUCACAUUUUUUUUAAAUCGCCUGCUACAACUGGAAAUCGAUCUCGAGAAAUUUGCAAAAAAAAACAUAUGGUGUAUUUUAUGAUUUUAAAUGAAAGGAAGAUCAUGAAUUUUCAAUUGUGUUCAGGAUUUUUUUUUUCUUACUUUUCCGUGCUUCUAACUGCUAAUGUUAUCAUUUCAAAAUAUUGAUUAAUUAAUACCUGCUCUCUUAAUAAUACAGGAUUUCCUUACUAUAAGUACGUGAAAAAAAUAAUAAAGCGAUAUUAUACAAACCUAGCACCGUGUCGUUUUUAUUGUAGUUUAUAUGAAACUGAAAUAAACACGACACUGUGCUAGGUUUGUAAGAGUAUUGCUUUAUUAUUUGAUGGUGUGUUCAAUGCUAAAAAAAGACAAAUUUCAUGUAUUUUCUAUCAUUUAAAAUACUUAAAGAAAAAGACAAAUUUCGUGUAUUUUCUUUCAUUUAAAAUGCUGUUAUUAAAGAAAAAAUUAUCCUCAUGAUCAACCCUUUCGACAGUUUUCCUAAUAAACAUGUGAUUUUUCGUUUCACAUUUCAAGAGUUUGAUUCCCGGUAUUGGCAGGCGAUUUAUUAAAAACUGUGAAUGCAUUUCUACUUAUAAUUAAAAAUAAAAUGAUGUUUUCUUUUUCAGUAAAAUAUCCUAUCUACAAUAUUUAUAUUAUUUUAUACUUUCGCUCCGUGUGACAAACCCGUGGGACACCCUGUAAACAUGUAAAUUCAUCAAGGAUGUUUGUAAAAGGAAUUUUUUAAUUUCAAAUGAUCUUAAUGAUUCGCAAAAACAGAUGAUGUUUCGGUGGUGAUAUUUGAUGUAACCUCAUGGUAGUAUUUUACUUGGCUAUCCGUACUUGCUGCUUGCAUGCUUUAUAAUGGCGCGAUUACAUUUGGUCGCUAGCCCGAAUACGAGUGCCAAUGGAAUUCGGGUAAACGACUCAGUGGAAAUUAAAGGAGUCGAGUACGCCCGAGUUUUCGUUUUGGUUACCCAACACCGUAUUCCAGUGUAAAUAUUGCUUUCGUGCACCCGAAUGCAGGCUAACGACCAAGUGUAACUGAGCCAUUAGUCAAGUAUACACAAAUAGCAAUCACGAAUAGCCAAGCGAAGUGUCAAAUAAACAGUUUUCAAAUAACACUUAAUUAUUUUCCUUAAAAUAGAAGCAGUAAAAUCUUGUCAGACAUGUUAAGAGAUAAGUUUUUUUAAACUUCUAAAUGAGCCCAAAUUAUUUAACUUUCCACUGAAUAAAUUAAUGAUAAUUAAUUAGAAAUAGAUGAACUAUCCAUGAGAUUACAUUAAUUAAAUCAAGAAACUCACUUUUACUUUAAAAUUUUCUAUUAUAUGCAGUCACAUCUGUGCUUCAGAAUUAUUACAAUUUUUUGCAUUUUAUUCAAUUACACAUACAAAAAUAUUGGCAAUUUAAACUCAAAGGGAAAUGUCCGUCAAUCCAAUAGUACAGUGCAAUCAUUCUAUUAUUAACUAAAUAAAUUAUGUACAAACAGUAGCAUACAAUAAAAAUAAACUUUACUAUCUAAACGACAAGAUUCGAAAUACUCUACAAAUCUAACAAUAGCAAACAAUAAGUGUGCUAAAUUCAGUCAAUUAACAAUAAAAUACAAGAAAUUAAGCACAUUAUUAAGUUCGACAAAAACGACACGUACAAAUCUUAAACUAAUAAUAAUAUUAUAUAAAUAUCAUUUUUAAUUUUAUUUCUCACGAGAAUCCUAUUUUGUUUAUUAACAUAGUUGGUUAGUUUUACAAAAUAUGUCUCUUUAUAUAUUUGUAUAACAAGGAAAGCUAUUAUUGAAUUAGUUUUUAUUUUAUUUUCUGAAAAUUAACUCUAAUUUACUGUGGAAAGAAAAUGCAAAAUUUCUUGAACAUCAAUCAAUGUAUAAUGCGAUUCAACUAAGAAUAGGACCGACUGGGCGCCCUAUUGUGAAGUCAUAGUUGUAAAUUCAAACCAAAUAGGUAGAGUGUGCAAAAAAAGUUUAAGAUUAAAUUAGAAAAAACAUCAGAUUUUUUUAAAUAAAAUUUAUUUACUAAGAUGGAAAGGAAAACCAACCAAUUUUAAAUAAUAUUUAUUUAUGAAGACUGUGUGAGAAAAAACAUGAAUCAGAAUGUAGCUAUUCAAUUCCGCUCAUCUCUGCAUUACCGCCGGAGAAGCUAUGAAUAAUCAUGCACUAUUACUUAGUUAGUAAAGACCCCAAAUUAGUAAAGACUGAUUUGGUGACUCGCAACGAUGGCAAACGCAACCGGCAAUGUAGACACACACAGCGACAUGAAGGAUGAAGCACCCGGACGAGGAGAGGUUAAAAAGAGACAGAAGCCCAAGAUUUUCACUAAGCGCUCAAAAGGCUCAGAAAACGCGGCAGUCCCACUACUACCACCUCGAGACCCGAAUGCGACAGGGCCCAAACCCACGCGUCUUUCCACUGUUGCCACUAAGCCACGGAAUGAACCCAUAUACUCAGAUAUAGACAUGAUGGGAUUCCCAGGCGUUGCACCCUACCGACGACAAAACGACUUCGCUGUUACAGCAGAGGGUUUCAUACCUCUAUGCGAAAAGGAGUACGAUAUUAUAUCGACAAAUCAGCCUUAUUUCGCUAAAGUCGUGUCAAAAGCGGCAUGGGUAUACUACUCAAUUCCAGUAUAAUGUUGAUCUCUUUGAAAAGAUAUCACUCAUGCUGACAAAGGCAGAGGACAAGAUCAAGAUUGUAAACUAUGCCAAUGUUCCAGUCGAGUGGCACCAUACUAGAAAUUAUAUAUUCGAGUAUGGACGGGCAGACCGAUGGAAUGUGAAGGAGUAUACGGCACCUUACACGAAUAAGUCGGAAUACAGACUUGCUUGGCUGAGAAGGCACGUUAAAUGACGUGCACAGUAAUUAGGGAGUCGCGCCCCGCACUUGUAAUCUUCGGGGCAAGUUGAGCGAACAUGUUUAUGUUCUAAUUAGUUGUAGAUUUUUCUAGUUUUAGGUAAGUCCCUGGCAUGUAGUUUGAAUUUUUUUUUUUAUAUAUUUUAUUUGUAGGGGGAAAAAAAAAUUACUAGGUCAUAUACGAACAUGCAUCCUUUAUGUAGACAAAAGUUUUAAAUCGAGUUUCUGAACGCAACUUAAGGUGACAUUUGGUUGACGAUUUAGGUUAUCAACCAUUCAUAGCCAAAGCUCAAUAAAUGAAAAAAAUAUAUCAACCAAUAUUUGUUAUUGUUUGUUUACAAAUGUUUGGUUUUAUUCUAGAAAAAAUGUCGCUUGAAAAGUACGGUUUGCAAAAAAAACUUGGAAUCCUUUUUUAGCACUCAGAGUUUUUUUUGCAAACCGUACUUUUCAAGCGACAUUUGACAGUUGGAGGUCAUUGGCUUUCCUAUUCUUAUUUGAAUCGCACUAUAGGUCGUAAAUUAUAACAUCAAAAGUUAAUUGUAAGUCUAAUCAGCAGAUAUUUGAAAGGGUAUCUGUUCCAUUUUUUAUCCGCAUAUAUAAAAAGAGACAUACACAUGCAAUACAAAUAUAAAAUUAAUAGUCCGAAUGUCAAUUUAGAAACCAAUCAUACUAAUUUAUACAAAGAACAUAAUCUAAAUAAAGUUACAACUAGAUUAAGUCAAGACGCCAUAUUGGCAUUCGGUAAGUCAUUUUCUAUUUUCGAAAGUACUGAAAAAAAACACAAAAUGGCAGCAUCCUCGCUCGGAAUGAAAAGAACUACAACAUUUGGCUUAUAACGUCACAAUAUGGGAGUAACUUUUUUACCCUUUAUCUAUCCUUUUCUGUCUCAUACAAACCGUUAUCUAUAGAGCAGGAGAGGUUUUAAAUUUCGUCGGUUAAUACUAUCUAUCUCACUCUUUAUAACGAAGCUUUUAUGAGCUGGAAAGAGAUACAUAAUUUGGUCGCACGUAAAUAUUGUUACUCCACCCAAAUCUAUUGCAUUGGAACACUUGUUGUAUGUAGUUAACAUUUCAAAAUUUUAAAAGCACCAUGGUUUUGUGUAUUAAUAAAAACAUCAGUAAGAUAUUCACUGGUCAAGAUAAUAACAGGAUUAUGAGUAACGAAAUUGCUAACAAAAGGUUAGCUAAGUACCUAUUUAUUUUACUGGUUUCAAGCCAGUGGCGUAGCAUAGGUCACUAGCACCCGGUGCGGAUUCCAAAUUUGCCGCCCUCUUAUUUUUGCAAUCCAUUAUAAAAAAAUUGAGGCAUGGUAAAAAGAGUACUUUUAUUGAAUAACACUAACCUAAGAGUGAAAUUAACAUUUUUUGACAGAAAACGUAAUACAAUAAUGGAGAAAUCGCCUACUUCACGAACGCUCUUUCGCGCACGAGUAUCAUUACUGAUUACAACCUCAACUCAUCCGCAUCAUCCAUGCAUAGAACCUGCAUAGGUACCUGGGUAUUUGGUAACAACAACAAAAAAAUGACGAAAAAAAACUGAAAGAAAUUAACUUUUUUUUAUAUUUUAAUUUUUUUUCUCUAUCUGCCACCUCCGCAGCGCCGCCCCCGGCAAAGUGCCGCCCGGUGCGGACCGCACCCCCCGCCCCCCCCCCCAUGCUACGCCACUGUUUCAAGCCGACUUACGCUGGUAUUAUUUAUUCUCAGUACAAAUUGUUUUACGGCAUAAAUGAUUCAAGAACUUUGACAGAUCCUACGCGCGCUUUAGGACUCGGGCGCGAGCGUGCGUACAGACGCUACUGAAGUUCGACCGAAGUGAACCACGAUCGAGCUUUGUGACGUCACACGCUCCGGCCGCCGGUAAAUUGGCUACCAUAAAAUUAGUCAUAAAAUCGUAACGAAUGAACCGAUUUCGAUGAUUUUAAAAGUAUAUUAAUUAAAAAGCUUAUUAGAUCAUUAUACUGUUGAUUUUGAGUUGAUUUGCUGACCUAGUAAUGAUCUUCAUUCUACUUUGAUCUUGUGUUACACGGUGUGUGUUGUGUUCUUUGUGAUAUUCUCACAUAUUCAAAAAUAUGUGAGAAUAUCACAAACGAUUUCCCUUAAACAUGGGUGUAAGAGCCGUCUAAAAAGAAUUUCUAAUAAAUAAUGUAUGGUGACAUUAAAAAACAGACUAAUAAAAACUCAGCAUCAUCUGACAUUAUGGUUAUUCAUGGCUAAAUUCGUAAAAGGUAUACAUUUUUCAUGCAAUAAAUCCAUUGGAUGAUAAAUAUAAAUUGAAAGCGUAUUAUCAAUAUAAGAAUAAUAUAAUAAUUAAGUAUAGUCCAGUCAACAAGUUCAAAAACGUGAAAAAUAGAGAUAAAGCUCCUAAAAAUAUGAGCAAUAGCUCAUUGGAUUCGUAACGACCUCUAGAAAAAUGAGUUUUGAGGAUUUUACUGCACGUAAAAAAUUGCAAUUGUUAUUAACAAAAUAAGAUGAAAAAAAAGAGGUAUUUACGUUUUUGUUAAUAACUCAUAAACUAUUAAUAUUUACGAUAUUUGGAAAAAAGGUCCUUAAAGAGGAGGAAAUUUACGAAAUAAAAGUCCCAGCUCCCGGAACUCUACCUCUAUUAUUUAUAAUUUUAAUUUAACGCUGAAAAUAGGGCUCCGCGCAGCCAUUACGGCAUGGGCGCACUGCCGUUAAAGACAGUUUCUUACAUAAAAUUAUUUUUUUAUAGUAACAAAUAUGAAUUUAAAAAUUUAAAUAAAUUAUGGUGUCAUCCAGAUACUUGAAAGAAUAUAUUCCCCUUGGAAAAAUUUAUUUAAAUUAAUUUUUCAAAAAGUUAUGCAAUUGUUAAUUAACGAAUUUUUUUCCUAUCUCCGUUUUCAUAAAUGACGACAUAAAAAUUUAAAUAAUAAACCUAUAAAUUUUUUGCUCUGUGGAGCUCUUCUUAUAUAUAUACUUAACAAGAUCCCGCGAUAAAAGUUUAUUAAAGUUAAUUAUUUUGUUUAUAACAAUUUUUUAAAGUUAACAAAAAAUGAAAAGUCUAAGAAAUGUUAUUAAAAAAAUUUUUUUAAACAAAUGUUAUAUUAUUGCUGCUUUCUUAUCCAACAAUGGCAUUAGGUAACAUCGGAAAAAAAAUUUUUACAUCAUUUGUUAAGAAAUUGUUUAUAAACAAAUAGACAAGUUUAAUAUUUAAAGAAAUUGUUUUUUUACCAU